CAACAGAGGUGGGGUUUGUAACUAUUGUGCUUCCUCUUUGCAACACAGUAUAAAGGUUUACAGAGCACACACUGCUCUUCACUGCAGCUGCUCUCUGUGCCGACUGAGCUGUUCCAGUUCAGAAGACAAAGAACCCCAAUGGCGUUCUCUACCAGAAGCUCCCAGUGGGGUACAAGCAGCCGCUAUCAGCCCCCAGCACCCAGCAUCAGUGGGCUGACCUCCCGGCAAACAACCAUCCAAAGGAUUCAGGCACCCAGUGUCUAUGGGGGGGCUGGCGGCUACGGCACCCGCAUAGCCAGCAGCACCAGCUACGGGCAAGGCUUCGGGGGAAACUUCCAGCUGAAUAUUAGUGACAAUGAUGUGCUGCUCACCGGCAAUGAGAAAUCAACAAUGCAAAACCUAAAUGACCGUUUGGCUUCGUACCUGGAAAAGGUGCGCUCGCUAGAAAGGGCGAACUCCCAGAUUGAAAAGCAGAUCAAGGAGUGGUAUGAGAAGAACACCACAGACAUAAGGCAUGACUACAGCUCAUACUUCAAAACCAUUGAAGAGCUCCAGAAUAAGAUUGCUGCCGCACAACUGGAAAAUGCAAGGCUUGUUCUGGAGAUUGACAAUGCCAAACUGGCUGCUGAUGAUUUUAGACUGAAGUAUGAGAAUGAACUCUUGCUCAGGCAAAGCGUCGAGAGUGACAUUAACGGCCUGCUACGUGUCCGUGAUGACUUGACUUUGACAAUAUCUGACUUGGAGUCCCAGAUUGAAAGGAUGAAUGAAGAACUGAUUUUCCUUAAGAAGAACCAUGAGGAGGAUGUUGACAGACUGCGCAAACAAGCGGGGGGCUCAGUUAACGUAGAGGUGGAUGCUGCUCCAGGCAUAGAUCUCGCAACUAUGAUGGAAAACAUGAGAAAGCAAUAUGAAGAAAUGGCAGAAAAGAACCGUCAAGAAGCCAAAGAACGGUUUGAAAAGCAGACAGAAGAACUGAACCAGGAAGUAGCGAUCAACUUUGAACAGCUGCAAGCCCAGAGGAGAGAGGUCACUGACCGGAGACAGAUCUUCCAGGGGCUGGAGCUGGAACUACAGUCCCAGCUUAACAUGAAAAAGGCUUUAGAAGACACUCUGGCUGAAACUGAAGCACGUUACAGUUAUCAGCUAGCCCAAAUACAAGAAACAGUUGCCAAUUUAGAGGCCCAACUGAGGCAGCUCCGAGCUGACAUGGAGGGGCAGAAUAACGAGUACAGCGUACUGCUGGACAUCAAGACUCGCCUGGAAAUGGAGAUCGCCACGUACCGCCGGCUGCUGGAAGGAGAGGACAUCGGACAUUUCCAAGUGGAUGUAUCUACAGCAGAGGCUGAGAAAGAAUCAAGUAAAAUUAAGAAGAUCAAGACAAUCGUUGAAGAGGUGGUUGAUGGCAAGGUGGUCUCCUCUCAGGUCAAGGAGUUUGAAGAGAAAAUGUAAAUGGCACCAGCAGAAAGGAGAUGGCCUUGGAACGUCACGGAGCUGAUAUCAAAACUAAAAGACAGACCUUUAUAAAGAAUCCAAUGCAAUUCUCCCUAAAAAACGGAAGGGUUGAAAAGCCAAACUAUCACAUCUCAAUUUCUUUUUUUUUGUGUGUGUGUGGGAGUGUUAAUAAAAAUCAGUAAGUUACAAAGUACAAGAUUUUGGGUUUACUUACAUAGUGACUAAAUACAUUGAUAAAAACAAAUCAGCAUGCUCUCAAUGUGUACCUGCUUCUAAGAAAGAGAAAAACUGAGGUAUUAGGUUUUUAGUUACAUUUAAAAAUCUGCUCAGUAAAAACUAGAAAGUCAAAUGCCUUCUAGCAGGGGUUUACCAGAGCUUUUCAAAUCAUCUAAAUAGACUUCACAAAAAUACCAACACAACGCUCACUGGUGGAGUUCCAA